UCUUUACAGAGCUGUUCGAGAAUAAUAAUAAUAAUAAUAAUAAUAAUAAUAAUAAUAAUAAAUACAGGAAUUAAAGUAAACUGAAAUAAUCCAUCAGAAGUGUUAGUGAUGAGUGUGUGGGAGCCUUUUUAGGCUUCAUUAUUAUUAUUAUUAUUAUUAUUAUUAUUAUUAUAUUUUAUGUUUAAUUGUUAAAAUUGUGAAUAUUUAGUUUUGUUAUAAUGUUUACAUAUUUUUCUUGUCAGCAUGCUCCUCAUUCUCUUCCUCCUCGUCUCGCAACACUCCAUGGUAACAACCAUCAGUAGCUGCCACAGUGACAGGGACAAAGACCAUCGCCCUCGUGUGAGCUGUGUGAGUCAGGGUCUCUCUACAGUGCCUGAUGGGAUAGAUCUUGAAACACAGACACUCGUCCUUGCUCAGAAUGCGUUUGUCUCUCUAUCCUGGGCCAUCUACACCACCUUCACACACUUGCAUGAACUGGACCUGAGCCAAAACCUGAUCAGCACCAUUGACCAAUCAGGUCCUGUGCUGCAAAACCUGAGAGUGUUGAGACUGUCUAAUAACAAGCUGACUGGUUUGAGCGGAGCUGCAUUUAAGUCCACCCCUUCUCUCAUGGAGGUCUAUUUGGAUGGAAACACCAUCAGUUCCCUUGACAGUACGACCUUCAGUGACCUGCCACUCCUAGAGCUCAUUAACCUUUCAUGCAACAAGCUGCAAAUCCUGCCACCCCACUUGCUGGAGCAGAUUUCAUCCAGCAAUUUGAAGAAAUUUGAUGUGGAAGAGAAUCUUCUCCAGCACCUUCCUGACAAAUUUUUUGCCUCAAAAUAUGAAUUACCUUAUGUCUUCCUUUCCAAAAAUUUGUGGGUUUGCACCUGCCAGGUGAGUUACCUGCAGCGCUACCUGAAUGACCAGGGUCAUAACGUUUACAAUCACACAGGACCCUCCAGCAUUGAGAAUGCCCCAGAGAGUGUGGUGUGUUCUGCUCCGCCCACACUACAGGGACGAGCUAUAGUGGACCUGACGGAGGACGAGUACUGCAUUUCAUAUACCGACUCACAACACUCCACUGCUCACACAACUCAACGAACAAGUGCACCAACCACAGCACUGACCACAGCCAUCAUCCAACAAAAGGUCAUAACAACAGCAAUCCUAGCAACUCCAUCAGUAACCAUUCAACCAACUACGCCAAAGACUGUUGAGACUAGUUCUACUCCUACUCCAACUACACUAACAGCUAAUAACCCAACGACUAUUACAAUAACAACCACUAAACCAACUAUACCAACAGACAAUAUGGGAACAACUAUGACACCAGGUUCUACAACUGUUCAACCAACUACACCAACAGCCACUGAGCCAACCACAACAUCUUCUACACCAACAACCACUGAGUCAACCACAACAUCUUCUACACCAACAACCACUGAGCCAACCACAACAUCUUCUACACCAACAACCACUGAGCCAACCACAACAUCAUCAACUACACAAACAACCGUUCAACCAACUACACCAAAGAAUGCUCCUAUUCCAACUACACUAACAACCAACAACCCAACAACUAUUAAGUCAGUUACUAUGGUGACCUAUACUGCAGGAGGGAUUCUCUCAGGGCACGGUGGUGGCCAGCGCUCAGUGUCAUGGUGCUGGUGGUUAUUUAUCACAGUUUUGCUGCUGUGUAUUUUCUCUGCCAUUUUCUCCUGCAUGCUGUUCCUCUGGCUCAUCAUCAUUUACAUCACACUUUACAAACCAAUCAAACGGCAAGUCCACAGCAGCCAAGGAGUGACCCUGAGGGCGUACCAGGUCACUGCAGACGAGUCACUGACAGCGGACAGAACUGAGGAAGAGAGAGUGCUGUUUUUACCCCCGGAGAUGAUACAAGAAACUCAGCCAGUGUUCCGUUCUGUGCCGUUCAUCUCAAAAGGAGAUGAGGACGGUGAAGUGGAUGAGAGGAGAGAUGGAACGAGGAACGAGGAUGAAGAAAAGAAAAGAGGAACUGAUGCAGUGGCUAAAAUAGACUGCUGCCGGCAGUGA